AUGAAGCGCAGUAAGCACCGUGGGCACAAGGAGGACAAAGGAGGAGAUGAGCCAGCCAUCUUGGAGACAGAGAACCUGGACAGACUGGGCUCGUUCAUGGGAGGAGGUCCAGACCCAGACACCAUCUCUCUGGCCUCCGUCACCGCGGUAACCACCAAUGUCUCCAACAAGAGAUCCAAACCAGACAUAAAGAUGGAGCCCAGUUCUGGACGACCGGUGGAUUACCAAGUGAGUGUGACGGUGAUCGAGGCGCGGCAGCUGAUCGGUCUCAACAUGGAUCCAAUGGUUUGUGUCGAGAUCGGAGAAGACAAGAAAUACACCUCCAUGAAAGAGUCCACCAACUGCCCCUAUUACAACGAGUAUUUUGUAUUUGACUUCCACGUCCCACCUGAAGUUAUGUUUGACAAAAUUAUCAAGUUAUCUGUGAUCCACUCCAAAAACCUGCUGCGUAGUGGGACACUGGUCGGGACUUUCAAAUUAGACGUUGGCACAAUUUACUCUCAGCCUGAGCACCAGUUCUACCACAAGUGGGCGCUGUUGUCGGACCCUGAUGACAUCACUGCAGGCUGCAAAGGUUACGUGAAGUGUGAUGUCGCUGUGGUCGCCAAAGGAGACACCAUCAAAACUCCACACAAGGCCAACGAAUCAGACGAGGACGACAUAGAGGGAAAUCUGUUGAUCCCAGAGGGCGUUCCAGCCGAGAGACAGUGGGCUCGAUAUUACCUGAAGAUCUACAGAGCCGAGGGUCUGCCCCGAAUGAACCAGAGCAUCAUGGCCAACGUGAAGAAGGCUUUUAUAGGAGAAAACAAGGACCUGGUGGAUCCUUAUGUUCAAGUGCAGUUUGCAGGGCAGAAGGGGAAGACGUCAGUGCAGAAGAGCUGUUAUGAGCCCAUCUGGAACGAGCAGAUUGUCUUCACUGAGAUGUUUCCUCCUUUGUGCAAAAGAAUGAAGGUCCAAAUACGAGACUCAGACAAAGUGAACGACGUCGCCAUCGGGACACACUUCCUGGACCUGAGGAAGAUCUCCAAUGAUGGAGACAAAGGUUUCCUCCCUACACUGGGUCCGGCCUGGGUGAACAUGUACGGCUCCACUCGCACUUACUCCCUGAUGGACGAGUACCAGGAGUUGAACGAGGGGCUGGGGGAGGGCGCCUCCUUCAGGGCCAGGCUCCUCAUCUCUCUAGGGGUGGAGAUCCUGGACGUGUCCUCCCCAGAGGUCACCAGCUCCACUGAGGUCCAGGUCGAAGGGAUACCCAACAUCUCCGAGACGGCCACUGGGAAAGUUGAGGAGUUUUUCCUGUUCGGAGCUUUCCUCGAGGCCACAAUGAUCGACAGAAAAAUCGGAGACAAACCCAUCAACUUUGAAGUCACUAUAGGUUACUAUGGAAACGAGGCAGACAGCAUGAUCCAGCCUAAAUCCAAAGGUAAAAAAGACGGAGACGAGGAGGAGACGGAGCUGAUCCAUCAAUCGAGCGACGAAGAGAUCGAAGACGACGGAGAUUUUCAGUCUGUGUCUGUGACUCCACCGAUGAAGCCCGUCAUAACAGACAGAAACUACUUCCACCUGCCGUACUUUGAGAGGAAGCCUUGUAUCUACAUCAAGAGCUGGUGGCAGGACCAGAGGAGGAGACUGUUCAACGCCAACGUCAUCGACAACAUCGCAGACAAACUGGAGGAGGGUCUGAACGACGUCCAGGAGGUCAUCAAAACAGAGAAGGCCUAUCCUGAAAGGAGACUGAGAGGAGUGCUGGAGGAACUCAGCCAUGGAUGCAGUCAGUUUUUGUCCCUUGCAAACAAAGACCAGAACCAAUCAGGUCGAACCAAACUGGACCGAGAGAGAGUGAAGCUGUGCAUGGCAGAAGUGGAGUCGAUUGGUCAGCAGGCCAAGACCAUGAGGACCCAGGUCAAAAAGAGCACAGUCCGAGACAAACUCAAACUCACAUUUAACUUCCUGCACAAGCUCCGCUUUCUGGCCGAUGAGCCCCAGCACAGUGUUCCGGAUGUGUUCAUUUGGAUGAUCAGUAACGGGAAAAGAAUCGCUUAUGCCAGAAUCCCCUCCAAAGACAUUCUGUACUCCAGCACCGAGGAGGAGAGGGGCAAGGACUGUGGCAAAGUCAAGACCCUGUUUCUACGGAUCCCUGGGAAGAAGGGCUUUGGUCCUGCUGGGUGGACGGUGCAGAGUAAAAUCGAGAUGUAUCUGUGGAUGGGUCUGAACCGUCAGCGCAGAGACUAUUUGAGCGGACUCCCCAACGGGUUUGAGGAGAACAAACUGUCCAAAGGGCCUGGGCUGCCCUCCUCUCCCCCCAUCAGCCUCACAUACAUGAUGAAGCAGAUGUUCCAGUUGCGUGUUCACAUGUAUCAGGCUCGUAGUCUGUUUGCGGCCGACAGCACGGGUCUGUCUGAUCCUUUCGCUCGAGUUUUCUUCUCCACUCAGAGCCAAGUCACUGAGGUCCUCCCGGAGACCCUGUGUCCAACCUGGGAUCAGCUUUUGGUUUUUGAAAAUGUGGAGCUUUUUGGAGAAGCGUCAGAGCUCAGAGACGACCCCCCAAUCAUCGUCAUCGAGAUCUACGACCAGGACACUGUGGGCAAAGCCGACUUCAUGGGAAGGACUUUUGCGAAACCCAUCGUCAAAAUGGCUGAUGAACACUACGGCCCUCCUCGCUUCCCCCCUCAGCUCGAGUAUUAUCAGAUCUACAGAGGAAACUGCACCGCUGGAGAGAUGCUCGCCGCGUUUGAACUGCUACAGAUUGGUCCUAAUGGUAAAGCUGACCUGCCUCCCAUCGAUGGCCCCACAGACAUGGACCGAGGGCCCAUCCUCCCGGUGCCUCUGGGGAUCAGACCAGUGCUCAGCAAAUACAGGAUCGAGGUGUUGUUCUGGGGUCUUCGGGACUUGAAGCGAGUGAACCUGGCUCAGGUGGACAGACCCAGAGUGGACAUCGAGUGUGCGGGGAAAGGAGUCCAGUCUGCGCUGAUACCAAACUACAGGAAGAACCCCAACUUCAGCACACUCGUCAAGUGGUUCGAAGUGGACUUACCAGAGAAUGAGCUGCUGCAUCCUCCUCUGAACAUCCGUGUGGUGGACUGCAGAGCAUUUGGGCGUUACACUCUGGUGGGCUCUCACGCUGUGACCACACUCCGAAAGUUCAUCUACAGACCUGGAGACAAGCAGGCCAACAACUGGAACACCAACGAGGAAAUAAUAGUUGUGAACGCAGAACCUGAACAGAACUUUAAGAAGAUGGACACAGUCGUCAAACUUGAUUCUUGCUCUGAUGCUGUGGUCAAAGUAGAGGUAAGAGAUGAUGAUAAAGGGAAGAAAAAGAAGAGGAAGAAGGGAGAGGAGGUGGAGGAGGAGGGUCUGGAUGAAAGCAUGUUGGACUGGUGGUCCAAGUACUUCGCCUCCAUCGAGACUCUCACUGAGUCACUCAGAGCACAAGAAGCUGCUUUUUCAGACACAGAGGACAAUAAUGACUCAGACUUGGCCGAUGGAGGCACCAAAAAGGGGAAGUCCCGGAAGAAGAAGUCCAUGGUCCACGACCCCUUUGAGAAGAAGAAACCCAAACUGGACGAACUCAAGGUGUAUCCCAAAGAGUUGGAGAGUGAGUUUGAUAAUUUCGAGGACUGGCUCCACAGUUUUAACCUGUUCAGAGGAAAAGCCGGAGACGACGAAGACCAAAAUGCCACAGACGAAGACAGAAUCGUGGGGAAAUUCAAAGGCUCCAUGUGCAUGUACAAAGUGACAGAAGAUAUGUCCCGAGACUCCAGCUUCGACUCAAACAUGGGAAUGUUCCAGAAUAUUCCUCACAACGAUCCGGUUAACGUGCUGGUGCGGAUCUACGUCGUCAGGGCGACAGACCUGCACCCGGCUGAUAUUAACGGUAAAGCAGAUCCCUACAUCACCAUAAGACUCGGAAAGACAGAGAUAAAGGACAAAGAAAACUACAUUUCCAAACAGCUCAACCCUGUGUUUGGAAAAUCUUUUGACGUUGAAGCGACUCUCCCCAUGGACUCCACCCUCACCGUGUCCAUCUAUGACUGGGACCUGGUGGGAACAGACGACCUCAUCGGAGAAACCAAGAUCGACCUGGAGAACCGCUUCUACAGCAAACACCGGGCCACCUGCGGAGUCGCACGCUCCUAUGCCAUUCAUGGUUACAAUGUUUGGCGGGACCCCAUGAAGCCCACACACAUCCUGGCCAAGUUGUGUAAAGAAGGGAAACUGGACGGGCCUCACUAUGGACCCCCAGGGAAAGUGAAAGUGGAGAAUCGGGUUUUUAUGGGACCCACUGAGAUCGAGGAUGAAAACGGUCUGAAGAAGCAGACGGAUGAGCAUGUGGCUCUGAGUGUGUUGAAUCACUGGGAGCAGAUUCCUAAAGCCGGCUGUAAACUGGUCCCUGAACACGUGGAGACCAGACCCCUGCUGCACCCGGACAAACCUGGCAUCGAGCAAGGCAGGAUAGAGAUGUGGGUGGACAUGUUUCCCAAAGACAUGACGGCACCAGGCCCGGCCCUUGACAUCGCACCAAGAAAACCAAAGAAGUUUGAGUUGAGGGUGAUCAUCUGGAACACAGACGAGGUGGUGCUGGAAGACGACGAUAUUUUCACAGGAGAGAAAUCCAGUGAUAUUUUUGUCAGAGGGUGGUUGAAGGGUCAGCAGGAGGAUAAGCAGGACACAGACGUUCACUACCAUUCCAUCACCGGAGAGGGCAACUUUAACUGGCGUUUCGUUUACCCCUUCGAUUACCUCAUGGCCGAAGAGAAGAUCGUCAUCUCCAAAAAAGAGUCAAUGUUUGCCUGGGACGAGACCGAGUACAAGAUUCCACCCAGACUCAACCUGCAAGUGUGGGACGCAGAUCACUUCUCUGCUGACGACUUCCUGGGUGCGAUCGAGUUGGAUCUGAACCGUUUUCCUCGCGGGGCUAAAACGGCGAAGCAGUGUUCCAUCGACAUGGUGACGAACGAGGCAGAGAUGCCCAUGGUGUCCAUCUUUAAACAGAAGAGGAUCAAAGGCUGGUGGCCUUUUGUGGCACGAAACGAGGAAGACGAGUUUGAGCUCACGGGCAAAGUGGAGGCGGAGCUGCACCUUCUGACCGGAGAAGAGGCCGAGAAGAGUCCAGUGGGAGAAGGACGCAACGAACCUGAGCCUCUGGAGAAACCCAAUCGUCCGGACACCAGCCUGCUGUGGUUUCUCACCCCGUUUAAAGCGAUCAAACACCUCGUCUGCACUCAGUACAAGUGGCUGGCCAUAAAGAUCGUGGUGGCUCUGCUGCUGCUGGUCAUGAUCGGCCUGUUCCUCUACAGCAUGCCCGGAUACAUGGUCAAGAAGAUGCUCGGAGCUUAA